AUGGAUACACAAACUCAUUUAGAAGAUUUAUCAAACGAGAUUUUCUUCGAAAUAUUUGAUUAUUUACAUGCACUUGAUAUUUUUACUGCAUUUGGUUCAUUGAAUAAACGAAUUUCAUCGAUAUUACAAUCAAUUCCACUUCGUAUUAUUGUUUCAAUUAUUCAUUGUCGCAAUCAAAUUGAUUUUCUUUCUUCUCAUCUUACUUUUCAUGCUCAUCAAGUUAUUUCAAUAAGAAUGAGUGAUACAAUUCGUGAUGAUACAUCUAUGAUUAGUUUAUUAUUUAAUCGACAUAAUUUUAUUAAUCUUCAAUUUUGUAUGCUUGUCACAGUCCAUCGAUCAACGAAACUUGAUAAUUUUAUUAAACAGAUAAAAACUUGUGAUAAACUUGUUUUAUUUAAUAUUUCUAAUCCAGAUGAUGAAACUAUGAAUGAAAGUGAUAAAUGUGAAUUAGUCCGAACUAUGUUUAUGCACAAAUCAUCUUCUCUUCGUUCAAUUGCCCUUCACUAUACUUAUGAUUAUUCCAAUAUUUUAAAUAAUAUUUCACUAACUUCAAAUGUUACAUUAUUGUAUUUAUGUAUAGAUGAUUCACCUUCAAACAUAUCUAUUCAUUCAAUUUUAUCAAUUCUUCGUCUUUGUCAUAGAGUACGUUAUAUAGGCAUAUUAGUGAAAGAGAACGGUCUAGUUGACAAUAAUAAUACCCUUGUUCCAAUUACAAUACCAUCUAUCAAUGAAAAUGAUCUUCCUGUAUUAUCACAAGUGAUCUCGCUCGAAUUGAUACUUUUUGUUGCAUGGAAUAAUUAUUUAAUUGCUUAUAUAUUGCGUUGUAUGCCUAAUCUUAAGUAUUUCUUUUUUAUAUUUGGACCAUACAUAUCAAAACACUUCUGUCCUAUUGAAUUGCUCGACGGUUAUUUAUGGCAAGAAAUAUUAGAACUUAAUGUUCCACAUUUAUCGAAAUUUGAAUUUCAUAUAUCAAUUUCGAAAUGUUAUCCACCAACCGAUUUGGAUAUUGUUAUUGAUUCAUUCAAAUAUUUUGUUAGAAAAUAUUCUAAUUGGCAUAUGAUUAUUGAUCAAUGGAAACUUCAAUCCUCAACUCCUGCCGAAUUUGUUAUGUUACGCACAUUGAAUUAUCAUAAACACAAAUCGUACAUAAAUACAGAUAUGCCUUUAAUUCCUAGUGGAUACUUUGACACACGAUCAACAAUGGAAACAAUAGAUGAUCAUUAUCUUUUUUAUGUAAAUGAAACGGAUUUAAGAAUAUACAUAACAUUAACAUCUGAAAGAUCACCUAUUACUUGGUCUUCUCCUUUAUUUCAACAAAUCAAAUAUCUUAGAUUAGAAUUGCCAAUAGUUCCUUCAUCAUUGUUGAAUAGUCUUUUGGAUAUUGUUAAUUUUCAUCAAAUAAGUGAUGAUGAUGUACAAGAAGAUGCUAUUUAUCUUUCAAAUUUUGUUCAUUUACCCACGAUACAUCAAAUAGAAUUUGGGUCGUCAUUUAAUAAAUAUCGAUGGAAACAUGCUCAAUUUGUUCUGGAAGCAUGUCCAAAUGUGUUCGAUCUUACAAUGUUGACUGCAUUACUCAUUUCUUCGAAAUUUAUUGAUAAUCCAUCUCUUAUUCCAGUUUUUAAAAAAAUUUAUAUGAUCGAAACAAUAUUAGAAGACGUUUACUUUCCUUCAAGCUUUGCACCCAAAUUUGUUGAACGUUUUCCAUCACUUAUACAUAUUGAGCUUCAAGUGGCUACAAUUACGUUUCUUCUCGUUCAUCAAAUACUCCUGCUAAUGUUUCAACAUUAA